AUGCCGCCGGCCUGGCCGCCAACCUCGGCCUCCGCAAACUGCGGGGCGGGGCCGCCCUUCGCCACAUACUCGGCGAGGCCCAGCAGGGCGCCGAAAUACGGGUCGCUCAGCUCCUGGAACUUCUUCUCCUGCUCUAGCGUCAGCGUGCCCCGACCAUCGCCGACCUCGCCGUUGCCGAUCAUGGUCCCCUCCUCCGACUUCAUGACGGUGCAAGCGCAAUACUCCGAGGAGAUGUCAUACUUGAAAAUGCCGUCGUUCUUCUUCAUCCAGCCAAGGGGCACUUUCUCCUCGAUAAGUGGCCACGAGCACUCGGGAAUUGCCACGUCGCAGAAGGCUGCGAUCUUCCGCGGACAGCCCCUGAUGUCUGACUUCGAAUCGUUGUACUAG